AUGGGUCCACCGCCCGUCGCCUUCCCGUCGCCUCCGUGCCCCCUCCCCGUCGCCUUCCCGUCGCCUCCCCGUCCCCUCCCCAUCGCAUCCCCUCCCCGUCGCCUUCCCGUCGCCUCCCCGUCCCCUCCCCAUCGCAUCCCCUCCCCGUCGCCUCCCCAUCACGUCCCCUCCCCGUCACCUUCACGUCGCCUCCUCGUCCCCUCCCCGUCGCCUCCCCAUCGCGUCCCCUCCCCGUCACCUUCACGUCGCCUCCUCGUCCCCUCCCCGUUGCCUUCCUGUCGCCUCUGUGUCGUGUCCCCUCCCCUUCGCCUCCCCAUCGCCUCCCCUCUCCGUCAAAUCCUCAUCCCCUCCUCAUCGCCUUCCCGUCGCCUCCACAUCGCGUCCCCUCUUCGUUGCCUCCCCUUCGCGCCCCCUCCCUAUCACCUUCCCGUCGCCUCCCCGUCGCGUACCCUCCCCGUCUCCUCUCCGUCGCCUCCCCGUCGCGUCCCAUCCGCGUCGCCUCCCCAUCGCCUCCCCAUUGCCUCCCCUUCGCAUCCCCUCGCCGUGGCAUCCCUGUCGCGUCCCCUCCGCGUCACCUCCCCGUCGCCUCCCCGUCGCGUCCCCUCCCCAUCGCUUUCCCGUCGCCUCCCCUUCCCCUCCUCGUCGCCUUCCCGUUGCCUCCCCGCCACCUCUCGUCGCCUUCCCAUCGCGUCCCCCUUCCCGUCGCUUCCCGUCACCCCUCCAUCCCCUCCCGUCGCCUUCUUGUCGCCACAUCGUCGCCUCCCCUUCCCCUCCUCGCCGCCUUCCCAUUGCAUCCCCGCCACCUCCCCGUCGCCUACCUUUCCCAUCCUCGUCCCCUCCUCGUCGCGUUCCCGUCCCAUACCCGCCACCCACCUACUACCCGUCGCCCCGCUUGCUACCCGCGCCCCCCCUGGCUAG